AUGAUGUCCUCAGCGGGGGUUAACAUUGUCCCUGUCUUCCACAGAAACUCAGAUGCGAUCGAUAUUGGAGACGGGAAGUUUCGUAAUAUCUUCAAGGGGUGCCUCCGGGCACUAAACCACCAAGCAAUGUACUUCGAAGGUCUUAACCUUGUCUACGGAUACGCGGAAUACGAGAAGGGGGUCGAGAUUUUAGACAGCAUCUCCUCCACAUAUCCUCUCGCAACAAUUGCCUCGGCUAUUUUUCACGUGUGCUUGGGAGAGUGCGAGAAGGCAAGUACGGCGUUCCAGGUCUUCAACAGAGUAACCGGCCUUGGAUUGACUGAUGCAAGGGCGCAAACUUUUGGUGGCCAGUUCAAGAGUGAUCUGUGGUGGUUUGCCCCUGAUGGGUAUAACGACAUUCCGGAAUAUUUCCAAUUCCCGAACGACGAUUUCGUACAAUUCCCUUAUUGUAUUUUUGAUAACCUGUAUUAUCACAAAUGCAACAAUUGCUACAUGUUUCAUCUCGCAAAACGUGUGUACGAGAUCGUUUGGUUCAAGGAAAAACAAACUUAA